GUCCCUCAGCGGACACCGUCGCUGUGAUCCAAACACAGCUGUUCCUCUCUCUGAAUGUUUGUUAAGGCCAUGUGUUGUGUUCAAGGAGUUUUGGAGGAAUUUGUUUAUGUCUUAAAAAUAUGAAAUGUCCGUGCUGCGCAGAGCUCAAACAUGGGAGGUAUCUGAAUCUGAGGAAAGCGACUGUGAGACCAAACCCAGGAGCAGUCCGAUAGCAACAGUCAGCACAGUUUUAACCGAGGACCUGAGCUCAGAGGACAAGUGCAGAACCGCCCCAUCGUCUGCCACAAAGAGGGAGUCUGGUCAAACUCCUGCUUUGUCUCCUCCGAGGCCAGCUGGACGUGGCACGCCGAGCCCUGCACGAAAACGCCGCACCAAGGAGGAGAUCGAGGCGGACAGACAGACAGCCAGGGAGAGGAAGGAGGAGCGGGAGAGACAGAGAGCCGCCAGGGCCCGGGAGAAGGAGGAGAGGAGAGGGGAGCAGCAGAGGAGGAGAGAGGCGGCGGAGAACCUCAAGAGCCUCCGGCCGGAGAACUGCCUCAAGAGUCUGACCGUCUGCAUAGACCCAGCUCUUCUCCAACAGGAUGGCUCAGACAUCUUGCUGGACACCCUGGCUGCCUUAGAUUGGAGGCUAAGCAUUCAGAGCCAGCAGCUCCCGCGCAGCAUCACCUGGACCAGAGACUUACCUCAGCAUGGAGAUGACGGAAAGAGCUCUGUGGAGGAGGAGCAAGUGGUUCUGGUGCUGGAUCUGACCGACCUCAUGGACCUGGUGGUCUCCGUGAAGAAAAUGCUACACAGUGAAGAGGAGGAGAGAGGGGUCGGGUCCUUCCUCAGUCCUCUGCUGGAGUGUCUCAACCGGGAUGCAAAGAAGGUGGUCACACUCUUAGUGACAGACUCUCAGCCUGAUUACAGGACCGAUGCGCGUGGUGUGCAUUUGCUUGAUGAAACACUAGGGUCCAAACUGGGCAUGGAGCAUCUGGACAUCAAGGAGGUUCUCGUGCACCUACAGCUCUGCAAGAACAUCUCACUGGUCCUCCUGAAUGGCUGGCAGGAGGUCACCGACCACGUGUGCGCUGUCACGAAGGCCUUAUCGAAGCGCCCUUUCAAACUGCUGACGGAGCGAGCCGAGCUGCCCUUCUGUGUGGAUGGUUCGUGGGCCAGCGGGGCUCGGGUGGAGAGGGACGGCUCGGGGCUGAUCCAGGUCUGGAGCAGGCAGAUCCAGCAGCUGAACAGAGUCAGCCCCGCCGUGGCCUCCGCUGUGACUGCCGCCUACCCGUCUCCUCAGCUGCUGCUGCAGGCGUACCAGAGCUUGGGGUCAGAGGAAGAGAGGAAGGUUCUCCUGUCCAGUCUUGUAGUGAAAAGUGGAGGUAAAGAGAGGCGAAUAGGACCGGAGAUAUCAGCCAGAGUUUACCGCUGCCUCACUGCCCAGAACGGCCAGCUGGUCCUGGACUAAUUUGUCCACUUGAGAGACGAUAAGGACAGACGUCAGCGCGGAUAAAUCUGGUUUCUAAUUACACUUGUGACCACUUGUCUGCUAAUGUAUUAAUGUUGAUGUUUACAAGCUAAGAAUAGGCCUUAGAUAUCAAGUUCACCUCUCAGGAAAGCACUAUUAGGACUCCUGUGAACUACAGCCAAUAGAAUAUACUAAUUAUAUGAUAUUUAUAUAUUUUGAAAAAACAUCCUGUUGAUGCACAAAUGCAACAUGUACUGUGAGAAGGACUGCUUUCUGUAUAUAAAAAUGAGCUGCAGCAGAA